AACGUAGAAGCCCACGUCGCUAAAGAAAACCAAAUUGGCGGUUCUCUUUUGGGGUCUGAGAAAAAGGAAAAUGGCGCUUUAAACCCCAAAAAGCAAGGACUGGUAAAACCCUAGAAAGCCACAGAAAUCAAAGUCAGUGUCUUCUGUGUGGACUACGAGAGCUCUUCCUAGCUCUUGCAUGUUUUGCAGUAGAUAGAAGAAAGGAAAGAGUGGUAUCGAUCACAUACUUGGCUUCAACAUCAGAAUCGAGUAAGUUAGUUGGAGCAAUCUAGUGACCAUGGGCUGUCCGCUGUCCGUAACCAUCCUUUUUUCUUUUGUCAAAGAAAAGGAAGAAGCCUGAGUCAGCGAGCAAAAUGGUGGCAGGGCUUAGAGAGUUCACUGCAAGAGUUGAAAGAAAUGGUGUUGACGAACCAGUUCUGGAUGCAGAGAAUGGUGAGGAGCUGAUGCACGUUCAGCCUUGUGUUUCUAUCGUCCUUGGUAAUCGCCCUCCUGAGUCCCCUGGCACUCUCUACAUCUCCACCAAGAAAGUGGUCUGGUUGAGUGAUGUUGACAGGGCGAAAGGUUAUGCUGUGGACUUCUUGUCUAUAUCACUGCAUGCUGUAUCCAGGGACCCAGAGGCCUACACCUCUCCUUGUAUAUACACUCAGAUUGAAACUGAGGAUGACGAGCAUGAGUCCGAUGGCUCAGAUUCGGAAUGCAAUGGUGUCUUAGAUUUGUCCAAGAUCACAGAAAUGAGGCUUGUUCCUUCAGAUCCUAACCAAUUGGAUUCUCUGUUUGAGGUAUUUUGCGAGUGUGCUGAGCUUAAUCCUGAACCGAUUGAUGAAGAGGAAGAAGAGCAUAAUUGGAUUUUUAGUGCUGAUCAGUUGGAAGAUGACGCAACAGGGGAAGAUUCUGAGUGGCAUGUUUCUGAAAAUCCUUCAAUUGGUCAAUCUAAUGGGGAUCAUGACCUAGCUCGUACCGUGCUUGAGCUUCAAAUCAAUGAUCAACGCUUUGAGGAUGCUGAAGAAAUGGAGCAUGAAAAUGAUGGUGGCCGCCAUUGAAAUUCUUUCUCCUUUCAAUGUUUCAUCUCUUUCAAGUGUUGCGUUUUAACCCAUGACCCUUUCUUGUUACUGUAUAUGUGAACAAAUUGUCCAUUAGUCAUUAGUCUCAGGACACAAGGAUUGGUAACUUUGUGAGGAGUACCUUUAGGCCUUUCUUUCUAUUUAUUGGUUUACUGCUAUCUUUUAUGGAAAGAUCAAGGAUUCUUUUGGUAAAAAUUUUCACUGUUUUUCAAACAAAAUAAGAAAAUAUCAUAUAAGUGUUACAGAA